CCCAGAAAUCCACGCUACUGUUCUUUGGGAUAGAACGUGAGCUCCCAGUGAGCGGUUGUCAGAAGCCUCUCUCUUGUGUGUUUUGGUGAAAAUGGAGCUCUUUCAAUCAUUAUAUCUCUGCUUGAAAAUGAAUGAUAUGUCUGGCUGAAACUACGAGGGCUGCGGAGAAAACAAAGAGUAACAUGAAAUGGAGAUCACACGGGCCAGACCGUCCUUGUAUGGAGACAUCGCUCAUGGUCUUGGAUUCUGGCCGGACCGGUCUGCAGUUCAUGAAGCCGCAGCACAAGGACAGGCCCGUCAACUGCAGCAGCUGAUUGAAGCAGGUGCAGCCAUCAACAGCCUGGCCGCUGAAUGCAUCACCCCCUUGCAUGAGGCAUGCAUACGGGGACAGGCCCAGUGUGUCAGGCUGCUGCUGGAUGCUGGUGCACAGGUGGAUGCUCGUAACAUAGAUGGCAGCACGCCGCUCUGUGAUGCCUGUGCAGCUGGGAGCCUGGAGUGUGUCAAGCUAUUGUUGGAGUAUGGAGCAACAGUUAAUCCUCCACUGUUUACCUUCUCACCUCUUCAUGAGGCCUGCAUGGGAGGUAAUUCUGAUUGUGUUCAGAUCAUGAUUGAUCAGGGAGCUUUCAUGGAGGCUCAUGACUGCCACUAUGGGACACCUCUUCAUGUCGCCUGCGCCAAGCAACAUUACGACUGCACCAAAGUCCUCCUGAAUGCAGGGGCGAAUGUGAAUGCUGCCAAGCUACACGAGACAGCACUUCAUCAUGCAGCCAAAGCAAAGAACAACAGCUUGAUUGAGCUACUUGUGGAAUUCGGAGGGAAUGUGUAUGCCAGAGACAACCUGAACAGAAAACCCAUCCACUACACCAGUCAAGGAUCACCCUCAUAUCUCUGUCUCAGUUUUUAUGAGAAUACGCCGCUGACUCUGCAGCAGAUCAGCAGAGUGGCUCUACGGAGGUCUCUUGGCAGAAGAGCAGUUGACAUUGUCUCUAAGCUGGAGUUGCCCAACCGGAUAAUACAUUUUCUUUGCUACAUGCCACCUGAAGUUUUUGAACUUUAAGAUGCAGCCCAUAGAGGGUUAAACCUACACCAGGUUAGUCUCUGGGCAAAGUUGUUCUAUUGUGAUGAGGUGGAACAUAGAAGCAUCACACUGGCAGAUCAAGUUAGAGAACAGAAAUUUGCUAAAUUUAAACAAGCAAACUGUUUACAAGUAAAUAAACAUCUACUUUGCUUGUUCAUUUGAAGAUACAUUAAGGUAUUAUUAGUGUGAAUGAAGGCCCGACUGUGUAGCACAAAUUCCACAGGACGCUUUCAAUCUAACAUUUAUGCCCCCUUCACUACUUUGACGCUUCAUACUUCAGUUUAUCAAUAGCUUAUUGUGCUGAAGUCCUGCCUCUUCCUUGUGUGCUCCAUGGGAUCUUAUUUAUAAAAAAAAUUACAUUACCGUCAAUGGUGAGUCAUUUUUAUUCCAUUUGAAUGCAUCAUGCAUCACUUGCGUAUGUGAUGUUAAUCAGGUUAAAAGAUAAUUUUACAAGUGAAGAAAGUCGCAGUUUGUAGUAAAAUACAUAAACUACACACCUGAAAGCCAUGGAGGUGAUGUCAUGGUUACGAAUCUGAAUGUGUGCAGCUUCAACAUGACCAGACUGGACGGAUUUUUAUAUCUUUCAAUACUUUGUACCUUGCUCUUGAAGAUGAGGGUAAAAUGUGCCAAGGGGUUUGUUUUGAUGUUGGUGAUGUGUAUCCCAAGUGACAAUAGAUGCAGUCCACUGAGCUGUUCAACACAAAACUAAAUGUUUCAUUACUAUCUUUACCACAUACUACUAGUAAAAUCAUCUUUUAAAUUGACAACCCUCAUGUUUGUGAUGUCACAACAUAAACACAGUCAAAAAUGUAUUUCUUUCGUCAUUGACCACUGAUUAUGUUCUUUCCAAAAUUAUAGAUGCCAUGGGGCAAAUUGGAAGGGACAGGGCUUCAAGGUCAGGUCAACCUUAUGAGCUAAAAUAAGAGAUCACAGUACUAAUUCAUUUGCGUCACUAUUAAAUCAAUUUAAACCAAAUCAAUUAUUAAUUUAUCUUUAAUCAGGUGAAUGUGAGCUUUGUAACCUCUUUUACUAUGGAAAAUAUUUGUAAUUUAAGGGAGCGUGAAGUUAGUUUACUAGAAAUA